UUGUCAUCAAAUUUUCGUACGCUUGGCAUCCCAACACAAUAAUUUGACUUGCCACAAGUCUGGCAAGCUGCAUAUGUCAUUGCCUCACAUGUGCUUGUUGAUCGUGAAUUGUUUUCUAGUUUCUAGUAAAAAAGUAGCUCCAGGAUUAGACACAUUUUAAGGAAAUGAAAGUUAAAUCAGCUAAAAAGGCAGCGAAGCGUGAUUCGCCUGCCGAUGAUGGUGUCGAAGUAGAAAAAAGUAGCGCACCAGCCGCAAAGGUGCCAAAGAAAAUAAAGUUGGCGGCCAAUGGUGUUGCAAAUGGCGCUGCCGAAACGACUGUAGCAGAGAAAUCAACAGCGGAAAAAACAGGCAACGUAGUCAAUAAAUCCAUAUUCCAACAUUUCAAGGAGUUAACAAAUGAGGAGGAAGAUAAACGUAUGAAAGCUGCUUUACAAUUGCUACAACAACUAAGCAAAACUAAAGAAGCCGAGAAGCGUCAAAAGGAACUGACUUAUACGUUGAAACGUUUAGUGCGUGGCUGUGGAGCUGCGACAAAUGCGUCACGUGCAGGAUUUUACACAGGAUUGGUGGCGUUGCUCAAAGCGUUCAACGAAGAUGAAAUCACAUUGGAGAAUAUUUUCAGCACAAUGCAAAAAGAGUUGAAUGUGGGCGCAACUGUGGGCAAUAAGGACGACGCCGAUGCCGUUGUUGGUAAAAUAUUAGUCUGCGGCGCUUUACAACAAGCUGGUCGAUUGGAGCACUUGCAGAAUAAUGAGCAUUUGGAGCGUAUCAUAAAUACACUCUUGCAGGCAACAAAACAACGCAGCUAUCAUGCAUCGCUUGCUUUUGCACUAAUUAUAGAAUUAGUAGAUAAGCUUACAGCAAAGCAAUUUAGUGACGUAGUGUGGCCUUUGUUGGAAAUUGAGUUGCAACGCGCUUGGCCGAAGCAAACACUACAAACAGUGCACUGUCUCAUUGCCGUACAACGUAAAUUUUCCAAUGUCGUCAAUGCCAAAUUUUUAAAGGCACAUUUCGGUAACGCCGAUCUACUGAAUGCCGAUAGUUAUGCACAUUUCUAUCGACUUUUCUGGGAACACAAUAACAUGCAACAGUUAACACAUCCGGCUUUUGAGCUUUUCGGCGCUUACAUAGCCAAUAGUGACAAUCUGAAAAAUUUCUGGGUUGAACAAGUUGAUGCGGGACUGGAAGCAAGCAAUAAAUUACGCGAGUUGAUUACUCUUAAAGUCGCGACCGACGUUUUUAAUAGUUGGCAACAAGCGCAGGACGCGGCGAAGAAGCAAGUGGUUGUUGCAGAUUUAUUAAGCACGAAUUUUAUGCGUUUGCUGGUCGAAGGGCUUAAAAACCUAAAACAAAAGAAAGAUGAAACACUAAAAGCUUUCUACGACGAUUUCUUCGAAGCUUUAGUCGGUUGUUGCACAAAACUUGCGGACGACGCACAAUUAGUGGCCGUAAUACGUCGUCUUAUACUGCCGCCUGGCAUUUUCGGUAUUGAGAAGUAUACGAGCACACGUGUGGUACAUCAAUUAAUCAAUGCUUUGGGUGCAACGGGUGUCAAGGCACUGAAUUUACUCUAUCGCGAUAUCUUUCUCGGAAAACAAUUGAAGAAUGCCGAUAAUGCCAGCGAAACAUGGCUUAAUUUCGAACGCAUGAACGCCGGUUACAUGUUGCAACACUUGCUGGCACACAAAGCCGUGCGGCAGGAGUACGAUUGGCGCGAGCAGCAGUUACGUUUUCUGCUCACCUGUGGCAUAUUUCAUGUUACUGAAACGGCUGAGGUGUGCAAGAAGGAAGCGGCAUCCACUUUCAGCAAUGAUUUCGGUGAACAGUGUAAGAAUAUGUUAUUCACAAGCAUGCAGAGUCGUUUGGUCGAUUUGAAGCAGGAAAAGCAGUUGCUCGUGAAAUUGGUGCAAUACGCUAAUGAGCGUGUUGAACAGAAGCAAGCAGCGAAAUAUUUCCGCAUCAAACAGUAUAAUGAAUCGUUGCUUAAAUACUGGCGGCAAAUGUACGCAGCCGUAAGUGUUGCUGAGACGGGCGGUAAGAAAAAGGAGAAGUCUAAAGCAACGAAAGUGGCUGCUGAUAAUGAUAAAUUGGAAGUGGUUUUCCAAAUUUUAUUGCUAAAUAUGGGCUUACAGUUGUUCCGCGAACCGGAAAUGGCGGGACCGGCCAUAGAAGACUUGCUCAAGUGUAUGCAGCGCAUAAAAGAGAAACACAAGAGUAAGCAAAAGAGUAAGGCAGGCGAGAAAACAGCUGAUGGCGAGAGUGAGGAACCAGAGUGGAUUGAGGUUGUCGUGGAUUUAUUCCUGCAUCUGCUCUCACAGAAUGCUAUUGCGCUGCGUAAUAUUGUGAAUGCGCUAUUCCCGCACUUAUGUGGCAGUCUAAAUCUGACAGCGGUGCACCAAAUUUUAGCCGUACUCGACAUGAAGGACGGUCACAAUCCAUUAAGUGCGCAUGGUGAAGAGAGUGAUGAGGAUGAAGAUGAUGAAGAAGAGAGUAGAGACGAAGAAAAUGCAGCGAAACUUACAAAUGGCAAAGGUGACAGUGGCGCUGCUACCGAUAGUGAUGCUGACGACGAUGACGAUGAAGAUGCAGAUGAUGAUGAUGAAGAUGACGAUGAUGAUGAGGAUGACGAUGAGGACGAUGAUGAUGAAGACGAAGAAGCUACCGCUGCCGAUAAGCUACGUAAUGCCGUCUCUCAAGCGCUUAUGGAGCAUGGUGGCAUGCCGGCAGCAGGCGACGAUGACGAUGAUAUGGCUUCUAUCGACUUGAAUGACAUGAGUGAAGAGCAGGGUCGCAAAUUGGACGAAGCGCUAGCCGAAGCUUUUAAAGCUAUGCGCAAGACGGGUGGUGGCGGUGCAGCUGCGAAAAAAUCAAAGAGUCAUCGCGUCAAGGUCACCACAGUAAUGCAUUUCCGCAUACGCGUGCUCGAUCUACUCGAGAUCUAUUUGCAGCAACAACCGCCAUUAUUGAUCGCCAUCGAAAUUAUGUUGGCUCUGUAUAAUAUGUUGCCUUAUUGUGUGGGCGAUGAGUUAAAGCCAUUGCAAAUCAAAGUGGAAAAAGUGUUGCAAAAGCUGACAACAUUAAAGUGCGACUGUGCCGAUGUGCAGGAAGAUGAGUUGGUUGCAUUUAUACGCCUCAUUGUAGAGCAGAAAUCACCAGCAGCCGUAUUUGAGGCAAUGAAUAAAAUGCGCAACAAAUGCAUUAUAUUCCUGGUGAAUAAUGCGAAUAAAAUUACGGCGGAGUGUAAAAAAGUGUUGAAGCUGUGUCAAGAGUACAUAAAAGAGUUCCUACAGUCGCGUAAUCCCAGCGUGAAUAUCACGCUACUGUCUGAUAUUUUCCGUCUACGCUGGGCUGGUGUGUGGAACUUGGCUGUGACACUCACGUGUGACGGGCUCAAUAUGAAGACACGCGCUUUCCGUCGCAUACAGAUCUUUGAGAUACUCGAUGUGCUCUAUAAAAAUCACGAUUUGCAACGCUCUGACGUGUCCAGCGCCAAGAAACACAUGGGCGAGAUUGAAAAUGUGCUCUGUACUCAUAUUAAAGCGCUAGCUACUAACACCGGCGCUGAGGUAUCACCAAAAGAGUACAGCGUGUUGUUGCAACUACUGCUACAGGCGCAGAAGACACAUCAAAGGUUACAACUGAAAUCGGCGUUGGCUGAUGUAACAAUUGGACAAGCGAUACAAAAUAUGCGCGCGGACUCCUCGGCGCUAUUGCAACGCUAUUGUGCUGCAUACAAGUUGCCAGUAGUGCGGAAUAAAGAAAAACAAAAGCUCAAUGGAAAAGUCGUUAAAGAAAACGUCGAAGUGCAGAAUGGACUUGCUGACAAGGAAGAAGAUGAAACAGCGGAGGCAGUUGAGAAUGGUGUGGUGGAAGAGAAGAAAAAACGCAAAAGGGGUACCGAUAAUGCGUUACGCAAGCUAAAGAAACAAAAGAAAGAACAGCGUUUGCAGAUCGCCUCCGCAGGUUUAAACGGUGGAUUUGCGUUUGUGCGCCCGACGGAAGCGGAUGAACAAUCGGCGGACGAAAGCGCGUAGUUUAUUUGUUUAUAUUAGCUAACGAGAAGUAAUUAAUGUAAAAUACUUGAAGUUAAAUAUUUUGCGAGAAUAAAACAAUUUAUAAUUUUAAUAAUUAA